AUGGGGAUUCCCGACGACCAAGGCGUCGGAUCUAGCCCGCCUCCAUCAUCUGGAGCCGAGCGAUCAUCGCAUGGCGGUCAGAGCAGGCUGAUCAUCACGGAGAUGGUCCUCGAGAACUUCAAGUCGUACGCGGGCGUGCAGCGCGUAGGACCGUUCCACAAGUGCUUCUCGUCGGUCGUCGGCCCCAACGGCAGCGGCAAGAGCAACGUGAUCGACGCCAUGCUCUUCGUCUUCGGGAAACGCGCGAAGCAGCUGCGACUGAACAAGGUGUCGGAGCUGAUUCACAACUCCACUGAUCAUCAGAAUCUCGAGUCUGCCCGCGUAUCCGUGCACUUCAAAGAAAUUGUUGAUCUGGAUGACGAGAAGUACGAGUCUGUGCCAGGAUCGGAGUUCGUUAUAUCGCGUACGGCGUACCGCAACAACACGUCCAAGUACCACGUGGACGACCACGCGAGCACGUUCACGGAGGUGACGAGGCUGCUCAAGGCCAAGGGGGUGGACCUCGACAACAACCGCUUCCUCAUCCUGCAGGGCGAGGUGGAGCAGAUCGCGAUGAUGAAGCCCAAGGCGCAGGGCCCGCACGACGAGGGGCUGCUGGAGUACCUGGAGGACAUCAUCGGCUCCAACCAGUACAUCGACCAGAUCGACGCCGGCGCCAAACAGCUGGAGGAGCUGAACGAGCGGCGCGUGGGGCUGGUGGAGCGAGUGAAGCACGCGGAGAAGGACAAGGACACGCUGGAGGAGGCGAAGCGGGCGGCGGAGGCGUACAUGGUGAAGGAGGCGCAGUGCGCGCAGUGGGGCAUGGUGGGGCGCGCGCUGGCGCUGAGAGAGUCGCAGGGCAAGGCGGGCGCGCUGGGCGCCAAGGUGGCGGAGCUGGAGGGCACGCUGACGGCGGAGAAGGAGAAGUGCGCAGGGCUGCGGGAGGAGCUGCAGGUGAAGACAGACGCGUGCGAGAAGUGCAACACGGAGUAUGAGGCGCUGUGCGGGGAGCUGGAGGCGGCUCGGGCGGACUUCAAGGAGUACGAGCGCAAGGACGUGAAGAUGCGCGAAGACCUCAAACACUGCAAGGCGCGCCUCAAGAAGCUCGCCGAUAAGAUCGCCAAGGACACAGCCAAGGCGGAGGAGGUGGAGAAGGCAGCAGCGGCGGCGGAAACGGCCAUCCCCGAGCUGGAAAAGAAGGCAGCCGCGCUGGCACCGCGGCUGGCAGAGGCGGAGAAGAAGCUGGAGAGCAUCCAGGAGCACGUCCGAGGUGCGUGCUAUGACCCGCGUUCAACCUUCCUCCUCUCCCUUCCCCCUGCAGCCCCUGUGACUAACAGCCACCUGUCUGAACUUAUUUUGGUGAUGUGUGUGGCAGUGGAGGUGGAGCGGCAGCAGCAGCAGCUGGGCCCGCUGCAGGAGCAGCUGGCGCCGUGGGAGGAGAAGGCGAGCGCCGCCAAGGCCAAGGCUGACGUCACCCGCACCAAGCUGAGCCUCAUCCGAGACAAGCACGCGGCCGCCGAGAAGCAGCUGGAGGCGGUGCGGAAGGCGAUAGAGGAGCGCGAGGAGGGGCGGAAGCAGAAGCAGGAGCAGCUGAAGCGCAUGGAGGCGGCUGUGAGGGAGAGCGAGGCGGUGGCGGCUGCUAGCGCCAAGGAGGAAGAGACGAAGGCGGAGGAGGAGGCAGCGGCGCGCGCAGAGGCGGAGGCGGCGCAGGGACGCGCGGCGGAGAUGAAGGAGGCGGCCGCUGCGCAGCGCAGCAGCAGCGCCAUCCUGACGGCGCUGCUGCAUGCGAAGCGGGACGGCAGCAUUCCCGGGAUCUUCGGCCGCCUGGGCGACCUGGGCGCCAUCGAUGGUGAGGCGCUUGCAGGGGGGGAGAAGUGGGAGAGUGAAGGCAAGUACGACGUGGCGAUAUCAACGGCGUGCGGUGCACUGGAGUACAUAGUGGUGGACAACAUCGAGACCGCACAGGCGUGCACGGCGCUGCUGAGGGAGCGGCAGCUGGGCGUGCAGACCUUCCUCGCCCUGGACAAGCAGCAGCACCUGGUGCGGGACAUGUCAGAGAAGGUGAGCACGCCGGAGGGCGUGCCGCGGCUGUUCGACCUGGUGCAAGUGCAGGACGCGCGCCUGCUGCCCGCCUUCUGGUUCGCCCUGCGCAACACGCUCGUCGCGGCCUCCCUGGACCAGGCCUCGCGCAUCGCGUACGGCGCGGACGCGCGGUUCAGGCGGGUGGUGACGCUGGCGGGGGAGAUGUUCGAGUCCAGCGGCACCAUGGCAGGCGGGGGGGGGCGCCCCCGCGGCGGCCGCAUGGGCAGCUCGCUCAAGGCGGCGGCGGCAGCGGCAGGCGGGGGAGUGACGAGGGAGAUGGUGGAGGAGGCGGAGAGAGAGGUGGCGCACGUGGUGGCGCGGCUGGAGCGAGCGCGGGAGGAGAGGCGCGCGGCUGUGGCUAGGAGAGAGGAGGCGGAGAGGGUGUUGAGGCGGCUGGGAAUGGACAUUCCCAAGGUCCAGAUGGAGAUCGAGUCCCUGGCAGCGCAGGUGGGCGAGCUGCAGCAGCGCGUGCAGGGGCUGCAGGCGGCGGCCGUGACGAGCGCGGAGGAGGAGAGGCAGAUGGGCGUGUUGCAGCAGCAGCUGGCGGGCGAGGAGGGCGACGAGGCGCGCAUUCAGGAGGAAAUGGCGCCGCUGGUGGCGGCGGUGGCGCGCGUGCAGCAGGCCAUCACUGAUGCCGGCAGGGAGGCGCUGGGCGAGCAGAAGGACCACGUGGCCGCCAUCCAGAAGGCCAUAGACGAGGCGCAGACGGGCAUCAACCAGAGCCGUGUGACGGUGGCCUCGAGCAGCCGCAACCUGGAGAAGCUGAGGAAGGCGGUGGGGGAGGCGGAGGAGGAGAGGGCGAAGGCGGAGGAGGAGAUGACACGGAAGAAGGAGGAGAUGAACGCCGUCAUGCAGGAGGCCUUUGCUGUCAACGACAACUACGAGCGCCUCCGCCAGUUGGUGGAGGGCAAGAAGGAGGAGUAUGGCGGCAUGAAGAAGGAGUUCCUGGCCAUCAAGGCACAGCUCGACAAGAUGCGCACCGGGGAGGUGGAUGUGGAAUUGAAGCUGGAAGAUGCGAGGAAGGCGCUGAGGACGAGUCAGGAGACGGCUCGCCUGCAGAGGGAGAAGCUGAGGGCGCUGGGCGCGCAGCUGAGGCAGCACAUCGCACAGAUGCAAGCGGAGGGCAUUGCAGAGGAGGACGCGGAGGCUGCUGGGCUGCCGUGGGACCUGCGGGAGGAGGAAGGGGAGAGGCAGGGCAGGGCACGACCGGCAGCAGCAGGCGCAGCAGAAAGAGGAAGCCAAGGGGAGGAUGAGGAGAUGGAGGGCGAUGAAGCUGCAGAGCACAGGGAGGGAGGUGUGGGUGAGGUGGGGGUGGCAGAUGGGGGGGAUGGUGAGCUGGAGAAGCUGCAGGCCCGCUUGUACCGCAAGAAGGAGGCGGUGUAUUCACAGAGGCUGGGCGAGCUGGAGGCGGUGACAGCGGAGCGCGACAGCGUGCGGGUGGCACAGGAGGAGGUGAAGCGGCGGCGGCUGGACGAGUUCAUGGCGGGGUUUGACACGAUCACGAUGCGGCUCAAGGAGAUGUACCAGAUGAUCACGCUGGGCGGCGAUGCUGAGCUGGAGCUGGUGGACUCACUGGACCCGUUCAGCGAGGGCAUUGUGUUCUCCGUGCGCCCGCCCAAGAAGAGCUGGAAGAACAUCUGCAACCUCUCGGGUGGGGAGAAGACACUGAGCUCGCUGGCGCUGGUGUUCGCGCUGCACCACUACAAGCCCACGCCCCUCUACGUCAUGGAUGAGAUCGACGCCGCUCUCGACUUCAAAAACGUGUCCAUAGUGGCGCAUUACAUCAAGGAGCGCACUAAGAACGCCCAGUUCGUCAUCAUCAGCCUGUGCAACAACAUGUUUGAGCUGGCGGACUAUCUCGUUGGGAUAUACAAGACACACAACUGCACCAAGAGCAUCACUAUCAACCCACGUAGCUUUGCACCUAUAGCCGUUGGCGCGACCAUGGCUUCUGAGGAUCUGCCUCGUGGCUCCGUAGCGGUCAUGUCGGAGGUGGAGGUCAUGUUCGCUUUCCUUGCCUACGCCGUUCCAAUAGUGGCGAUGAUCUCGUACCACAAACGCAGCACCCAGUGGUACCACAACCACAUGGCUGCAGCAUUCGGUCCUGACUGGAGAAACCACUCGCCAGUGGCUGGUCUGCGAGCAGCCAAUGAGGAGGCAACACAAAGCAAGAGGCUCCCGAGCUUGCCAGAGCACCCAGAGGAAGAGCAAGAGGAGAAAGAGCAGCAGGAGCGUGCAGGGGAGGGAGAAGGGGUUGACAAGAAGUCGGGCAAGGGAGAAAUGGGAGAAGAGAAGGGGCAGCAGCAAAAACCCCAAGAGGGGAUAAAGGGGGAACAGCUGGAGAAGCAGAAAGAAAAGGUCAACGCAGGCCAGAGAAAUCAGCGAGCGAGCCACAGGUCGCUUUUCAACGUGCGGAAUCUGAGCAGUCCUUCUGUCUUCCUUCCUGCCAUUCUCGCCCUCCUGAUGGCUGUGCCUCUCGGCCUUGGGAGUGGGUUGAUUGGCUUCAUGCAUGGAGUGGUUUUGGGUCCACAGGAGGCCAUCACUUCUGCACUGUAUGGUGUUGCUGCUGGAGCACUGUACCCAUUUCAUUUGCUUGGGUUGCUCAGAGACCAAAAGCAUUCACAUCAAGAUUAG